AUGCCUAUCCAAAAGCUCAAAGUCGGUAUGGCUGGCCUAGGCCGGAUCGGCAAGGUCCAUGUCAAUAACUUCCUACACCAAACCCCUCGUGCCGACCUUGUUGCAGCCUUCUCUCCGGACCCGGCCGAGAUUGCAUGGGGCCGACAAAACUUGGAGCCCUAUGGAGUCACAUUAUAUGAUAACUACGAUAAGAUGCUAGAGCACCCUGGCUUGCAGGCGGUGGUCAUCGGUACAGCUACAUCUGUGCAUGCUGAAGAAACGAUGAAAGCCAUUGACCAUGACUUGCAUGUUCUCUGUGAGAAGCCAUUGUCUAUUGAUGUUGAAGUGUGUAAAGCUGUCGCUCAGAAGGCCAAGACCAAGCCGCAUUUGAAGGUCAUGUGUGGCUUCUCGCGGAGGUUCGAUGAGUCUUACCGCGAAGUUUACGACAAGAUUAGCCAGGGUCUGAUUGGACGGCCCUCAAUCGUUAGAAGCCAGACUUGUGACAAAUACGACCCAUCGGGAUUCUAUGUCGCUUACGCUGCAUGGUCGGGUGGUGUGUUCGUGGACAUGUCUGUGCAUGACAUUGACCUCACAUUGUGGUUCAUGGGUGAGGACUCAGUCCCCAAGAGCAUAUCCGCCCAUGGCAUCACCGCUGUCCAGCCGGAGCUGAAGAAGUACAAGGACUACGACAACGCCGUUGGCAUUGUUGAGUUCCACAACGGCAAGAUCGCCUACUACUACUGCUCACGGAUGAUGCCCCAUGGUCAGGAAGAUACGACCGAGGUCAUUGGCACGGAGGGGAAACUGUCAGUCAACAUCAACCCUCAACGCAACUUUGUAAAUUACUACCACUCCGGGGGCAUCACCCGCGAGGUCCCUGCGAACUUCCACGGGCGCUUCGGGGGAGCCUUUGUGAGGGAAGCAAAUGAAUUUACUGCCAGCUGCCUGGACAACACACCCCUGCCGCUCAAGCUGUCCAAUGCGGUCAAAGCGGUUGAGAUUGGCGCUUAUCUCCAGGAGGCGUUGGUGACAGGGAAGCAGAUCCAUUUCGACGAGAUUGGCCGGAGGAUCGAGAAGGCGCAGCUGUAG